GUUAUCUGCAAUAGAAAGUGAAUUAUUAUAGUAACAUCAUCGCUACUACUAGGGGUGGCAUCGAAAGUGGUUUCGUUUUCAUUUAAGUGAAGUUAUUCGCCCGAAGUGGUUGUGCCGUACUCGCUAUCUUGCAACUAAAAAAUAUCGGUUGUGUUGUAUAUAAGCAAUCAAUUAUAAUUCAUAGAAAUGAUAUCUAACGUUGUUUAUCGAGCAUAUAUUGGGUUUAUAAUUUUGGACAUCGCUAGUAUUCUUGUAACUGACGCACAUGGAAAUUUUUUCACGAAGAUGCUUGAAUCCCCCUCGUACUGCUCGCCGAGUUGAAUCUUUCAUACAGGAGUGUCAAGAGGAUGUCAAAAAUAAACUAAUUAGCGGUAAAAUGUCAUUCCCAACGAUCAAUAAAAUUAAGAACAUAUUUUCCGCAGAGGCUUACUACAUACUUAAAAAUGAAGUUAAUGAAGAUUAUUCAGCACUGGACAUUAAUGAAGAGAAUAUCUCGGGAACCAAAUCGCCCCCCACAACAUCUUCAGCUCCAUCGGUUAUCCAUACCAUCGAAGACAACUCAAAUUUAGAAUCUCGACAUGAUGUACUAUAUCAAUUUGAACCAGAUAAGCGACAUGUGACGCAUUUGGCGCAGCACUUUCGGCGCAUAUCGUAUGAUCCGCGUAGUGGUAUUUACCAUCCCACGUUGGUGCCGGCUGAGGAAAAACGCUUAGCUGGCUGCCUUCUACACUGCGUUUAUGCGAAAAAUAACGCUAUCGACAAAUUCGGAUGGCCUACUCUUGAUGGCUUAGUAAACUUUUAUUCAGAAGGAGUGAAUGAACACAGUUUUUUUAUGGCCACUCUUCGAUCCGCAAAUCUCUGCCUGCAUGCAAUUUCAAUAAAGUAUAAUAUUAAUCGACGCAAACUACCAAAACGUGGCGAAAGCUGCGACUUGGCAUUCGACGUUUUCGAUUGUAUAUCAGACCAAAUAACGGGUUAUUGCUUAAAUCAAUACGAAUAA